AUGAGCUGGCUCUUCGGCAGUUCUUCUGCCCCCCAGGAGUCGCCAGCAGCGGAGAAGGGUUUGCCUGAUCUGCCCCCAGGCCUCCAAUCGCUACCUCCCCCACCUCCUCCUAGGGGAUCGUCGAUCCCAUCAAAACCCUUCUCUGGUUUCUCCGAUCCUCCCCCUGCUUCCUUUGUCUCUUCUUCUUCUGCUGCUGCCCCACAAAGAACCCCUGGUGUCUCCUUUUCCUUUGCUGCCCCUACAAAGGAGACAGAUUACAAUGCUGAGGAUUUGUCCAAGUCUCCUUACACUGAGAGUUCGGGUAUAAGGGACGCGGAGUAUGCAGCAGAUUAUAUAAAUAAUAAAGAAGAGAAAUCUUCUUUUUUAGACAGACACAUUACUAAUCCAAGACUACGCGGGUGUAUAGACGGUGUUAAGAUGGGCAUGAAGAUGGGCUGCGCUGUCGGAGGUAUCUUUGGGGGUAUCACGGGGACAUACGCGGCUAUCACCAACAGAAACCUCCUCAUUCUCCCCUUCUCUAUGAUUGGCGGCGCUCUCUCCUUCGGCUUCUUCUUAGGUUGUGGUAUGAUCAUCCGCUGUCAAGAACCCAAACUCUCUCCCUCUAGGGGCCCCAGGGCCCCGGGGUGGGCCCGGGACUCUUGGGCAACUCGCAGUUUCUUGUUCGCGCCAUCCCCAAGUUGUGGAGGGCUUGCAUCCGCGUACUCUACCCCCCCAUUGGUGACUCCUGUCUGCGCUAGGAACGGAGACAGGGAAACACAGCUCUAG